GUUUCCACCUGGGUGAAGUUUUAUGGUAAACGUAAUUAGCAAAAAUAAGGAUGUAAGCUAGCUGCGUCAAAACAAAAAGGAAAAGCAGACGAUAAAAGCAAAAGGAGAAGAAGAAUAAUUAGCAAAAAUGUCGAAAAGAAAGAAGACAGGAGCUGAUAAAGAAACAUGUUGGGCAGGAAAGUUACAAGCUAAAAAGUGUAAAAUGGGCGUGGAGGUGCCAAAGUUGCUGUGGACACUGUCAGCCAGGACACUGAGGACUGUCGGACAGCUGGUGAUGUGAGAGAGCUUUUUGGACUGAGGACUGCUUUGACAGACAGACUGCUUCUUUUUGCUGAGCUUAUCAGCCAACGUGUCUCCAUAUGGCAUUUUUUCUCAUUGCUACGGAGGAUGCAGGGUGAAAAGCCCCGAGCAAGGCUUCCAGUUACCCGCCAAAGAAUGCUGGCAUGAACAUGAAGAUUAAAGCUGCCAUUUCAACUCAAGUGAAACCGUGCACACGCUAACUGGCACCAGAAGGGACUGUUCCAUAAUUACAUAAAUUAGACCAAGUGUGCCCAAUGGAUAUUUGAAUCCCUGUCACUUUGCUCUAAAUAGCCAUGGCAGAGAGGACCUUUAAACAGUUCAAAUUAUUUUGGCGCGAACAGUGAGAGGUUUGGCCAGUGGCCUGGACAGUGUGAGGUAAUGGUAUUUGCUCCAGGAAAUAAGUGUUGGCCAAGCCUAUUGCUAUGCAAAUAUAAUAUAGCAUUUAACCUUUUGUCUUACAAUGCAUCAGCUCACACUUGUUUAUCAAUGUAGACAGUCACUUAUAUGCCAGUCUACUCUCUCAGUCGACCCAGUAUAUUUCUUGCUUAAACAAAGGUUCUUAUAAAUAAAUUCAGCCCGAUAAGUCCCUGUCCACCUGCACAGAUUUUGUGAUCACACGAUGGUUUUACAAAAGCCACAUGGUGCCCAUAUCAUAUGGGUUGGGCUGCUCAUUUGUUGCUGUGUAGAAAUAGGCACUUGUCUAGAAUUUACAGGUGCUGAGGGCCAGUGGGCUCGAUUUCCAGUGUGGAACGCAUGUUGCGAAAGUGAAAUGAGCUUCAAUAUGAAAACAAAGAGCUCCCACGGGCUGCUAGUUUACUUCGACGAUGAGGGAUUUUGUGACUUUCUAGAACUCCUCAUACUGAAUGGUAAACUCAGCCUUCGCUUCUCAAUCUUCUGUGCCGAGCCUGCGACCGUCGUAUCUGACACGGCGGUCAAUGACAGCCAAUGGCACGCGGUCACGAUAAGGAGAAACUUUAAGAACACAACCCUAAAGGUGGACAAUGAGACGAAAUGGGUCGAGGUGAAGUCAAAAAGACGGGAUAUGACUGUUUUCAGCCAUUUGUUUGUUGGUGGAAUACCACCGGAGUUACGAUCUGUGGCGUUACGACUCACAUCAGCUGCAGUCAAGGAUCAGCUACCUUUCACUGGAUGGAUAACGGACAUAAAGGUCAACAACACGGAGUCUGUCGUGAUCGACAGUGAAGGGGUCUUAAAGGACCUCUGCGGUUCAGCCAACAUGUGCUUAAAUGGAGGAGUCUGCAGUUUGAUUAACAACGAACCAACAUGUGACUGCUCUCAGACGGGGUUCCAAGGAAAGGACUGCAGUGAAGAAGACAACUAUACUGAAGGUCUGGCACACCUGAUGAUGGGCGACCAAGGGCAGAGAGGGGAAGUUUGGCUACUAAGGUCCCUACUGAGCAUUCAAGGAAAAGAAGAGUAUGUCGCCACCUUCAAAGGAUCUGAGUUCUUCUGCUACGACUUGUCCUUGAACCCGAUUCAAAGCAGCAGUGAUGAAAUCACGUUGUCAUUCAAAACCCUACAGAGGAAUGGACUGAUGCUGCACACGGGCAAAUCAGCUGAUUACGUCAACCUGGCACUGAAAAAUGGGGCUGUCUCACUCGUCAUUAAUUUGGGGUCUGGAGCCUUUGAAGCUCUUGUGGAGCCAGUCAAUGGGAAAUUUAAUGACAAUGAUUGGCAUGAUGUCAAAGUAACAAGGAAUCUACGUCAGCACUCAGGCAUUGGACACGCUAUGGUAACAAUAUCCGUGGAUGGGAUUCUGACCACCACAGGAUAUACACAAGAAGACUACACCAUGCUAGGCUCUGACGACUUUUUCUAUGUUGGAGGGAGUCCUAGCACAGCUGACCUGCCUGGAUCUCCGGUUAGCAACAACUUCAUGGGCUGCCUCAAGGAGGUUGUGUACAAAAACAACGAUGUGAGACUUGAGCUGUCCAGAAUGGCCAAGCAGGGUGAUCCCAAGAUGAAGGUCCAUGGCACUGUGGCCUUCAAGUGCGAGAAUGUGGCCACUCUCGACCCCAUCACGUUCGAGACGCCAGAGUCGUUUAUCAUCCUCAACAAGUGGAACGCCAAGAAGACAGGCUCCAUCUCCUUUGACUUCCGUACCACAGAGCCCAACGGCCUUCUCCUCUUCAGCCAUGGCAAGCCCAAGCAGCAGCCGAAGGAUUCCAAGAGUCCCCAGACUCUCAAGGUGGACUUCUUUGCCAUCGAGAUGCUGGAUGGCCAUCUGUACCUGCUGCUGGACAUGGGCUCAGGAACCACAAAGACCAAGGCAGUCAAUAAGAAAGUCAAUGAUGGCGAGUGGUACCAUGUGGACUUCCAGCGGGAUGGUAGAUCAGGUACUAUCUCUAUCAACACACUCCGUACUGCCUACACAGCCCCUGGAGAAAGUGAGAUCCUAGACUUGGAUGACAACCUCUACCUUGGGGGUCUGCCAGAGAACAAAAUGGGGCUGGUGUUCCCCACUGAGGUGUGGACAGCACUACUCAACUACGGCUACGUGGGCUGCAUCCGGGAUCUAUUCAUUGACGGACAGAGCAAGGAUGUCCGGCGCCUGGCUGAGGUCCAGAAGGCUGCUGGGGUCAAGCCCUCCUGCUCAAAGGAGCCUCCUAAACAGUGUUUGAGCAACCCUUGCCAAAAUAAUGGGGUCUGUAGAGAGGGCUGGAACCGCUACGUGUGUGACUGCUCCGGGACUGGAUACCUGGGACGCUCUUGCGAAAGAGAGGCAACCGUCCUCAGCUAUGACGGCAGUAAGUUUAUGAAGGUCCAGCUGCCAGUGGUGAUGCACACAGAAGCCGAGGAUGUGUCCCUGCGCUUCCGCUCCCAGCGAGCCUAUGGCAUCCUAAUAGCCACUACAUCCAGGGACUCUGCUGACACCCUGCGUCUAGAGCUGGAGAGCGGCCGCGUCCGCCUGACUGUAAACUUAGAUUGUAUCAGGAUUAACUGUACCGCCAGCAAAGGUCCAGAAACUAUUUUUGCGGGUCAGAAUCUGAACGAUAAUGAGUGGCACACAGUGCGUGUGUUCAGGAGGGGCAAGAGUUUGAAACUGACCGUAGAUGAUCUGCUGCCUGUGGAAGGUCAAAUGGCAGGUGACCACACCCAGCUGGAGUUCCAUAACAUUGAGACGGGCAUUGUAACAGAGAAGCGCUUCAUGUCAAUGGUGCCGUCCAACUUCAUCGGCCACCUCCAGAGCCUCUCCUUCAAUGGCAUGGCCUACAUAGACCUCUGUAAAAAUGGUGACAUUGAUUACUGUGAGCUCAAUGCCAUGAUUGGCUUCAAGAACAUCAUUGCUGACCCCGUCACCUUCAAGUCACGCUCCAGCUAUGUGACCCUCACUACUCUGCAGGCCUACUACUCCAUGCACCUUUUCUUUCAGUUCAAAACCACCUCAUCCGAUGGCCUCAUCCUGUUUAACAGUGGAGAUGGGAAUGACUUCAUCGUGGUGGAGCUGGUCAAAGGUUACCUGCACUACGUUUCUGACCUGGGAAACGGAGCCCACUUGAUCAAAGGCAACUCAAACAAACCUCUGAACGACAACCACUGGCACAAUGUCAUAAUAUCAAGGGACACCAACAACCUCCACACUGUCAAGAUAGAUACCAAGAUCACCACGCAGACGACCACAGGAGCCAAAAACCUGGACCUGAAGGGUAACCUUUACAUUGGUGGCGUGGCUAAGGAAAUGUACAAGGAGCUGCCCAAACUGGUGCAUGCCAAGGAGGGCUUUCAAGGUUGUCUGGCAUCAGUGGAUCUGAACGGGCGGCUCCCAGACUUGAUGUCAGAUGCUCUGGACUGUGUGGGGCAGAUAGAGAGAGGAUGUGAAGGCCCCAGCACGACGUGCCAAGAGGACUCGUGUGCCAACCAGGGUGUGUGUCUUCAGCAGUGGGAGGGCUUCAGCUGUGACUGCAGCAUGACGACAUUUGGGGGACCGCUGUGUAAUGAUGCGGGAACAACAUACAUAUUUGGGCGAGAUGGUGGACUGAUCACAUACACGUGGCCGCCAAAUGACCGUCCCAGCACGAGGGCAGACCGGCUAGCCAUUGGCUUCAGCACACACCUGAAGGAUGCUGUCCUGGUGAGGGUGGAUAGCUCCUCUGGUCUUGGAGACUUCUUGAAGCUCCACAUCGAAAAAGGAAACAUUGCCGUUGUAUUUAAUGUCGGAACAGAUGACAUUAAUAUUGAGGAGACAUCAAAGUUUGUAAAUGACGGAAAGUACCAUAUAGUGAAGUUUACGAGGAGUGGGGGUAAUGCCACUCUGCAGGUGGAUGACCUGCCAGUCAUUGAGCGCUACCCCACAGGCAACAAUGAUAACGAACGCCUGGCGAUUGCUAGACAGCGAAUCCCAUACCGACUUGGUCGAGUAGUUGACGAAUGGCUACUCGACAAAGGGCGGCAGCUCACAAUCUUCAACAGCCAAACCACUAUACAGAUUGGGGGCUGGGAGCGAGACCGGAGUCGAUCCUUUCAGGGCCAGCUUUCGGGCCUCUACUAUAAUGGCUUAAAGGUGUUCAACAUGGCCGCCGAGGGGGAUCCCAACAUUAAGAUCCAAGGCAGCGUGCGCCUUGUGGGGGAGUCGCCCUCCUCUAUCACUCCCCAAUCCAGCACCACAGCCAAUCGCUCAGAGACAUCGACGUCCAUCAUGGAAAUCACCACCACUACGGCGUCCAGCAGGCGAGUCAAACAGACGACACCACGAGAGCCUCAGCAGACAACCGACGACUUGCUGGUGGCAUCAGCCGAGUGUCCGAGCGAUGAUGAGGACAUUGAUCCCUGUGAGCCGAGCUCAGGUGGGUUAGCCAAUCCCACCGGUGUUGGGACCAAGACGUACCCAGGCACGUCGGAGGUCUUCCGGGAGUCCAGCAGCACGACGGGGAUGGUUGUCGGCAUCGUAGCAGCAGCAGCACUGUGCAUUCUCAUCCUGCUUUACGCCAUGUACAAAUACCGGAACAGGGACGAAGGCUCGUACCACGUGGACGAGAGUCGCAACUACAUCAGCAACUCGGCGCAAUCCAACGGCACGGUCGUCAAAGAGAAACCAGUGAACACCGCAAAAACCUCAAGCAAGAACAAGAAGAACAAGGAUAAGGAGUACUACGUGUGAUUGUCAAAGCUUUGGUCCUCGCCAGACCAAGUGAAACAUUUGUGGAAAAGACAAAUCAGGACAUCAACAUGUGUACAGUAUAAUAACAAAGAUGAACAUUAUUUAGUCAUUUUUUUCCUAUAAGACAAUGCUCUGAAAAGUAAAUAUGAAAAAUGAAAAAAUAACUUUCUUUAGACUCAAGCACUUGAGACAGAGAAGAAGAUUUACUGUCCAGACUCAGACUGAUGGAAAAAUGGCUCUGGCGAUCGGCUGAAAAUGAACUGAAUACAUAUCUAACAUGACAACCAAACAACAUAAACCCAUCUGUGACUUGUUCCCUCGGCCAGGAUAAUGUUAUCAAGCUCCCUUGUUUCUGGUAAACAGAGGAGCACAGAUGCACUUUGCAAAGGGAGAAUCAGCAUUACAGACUUAAUGUUUUCAUAUACAUUGCCUGUGUUUGUGUUGUUGAGACUUUUUCUAGAAGAAAAUGACACAAUGCAUAAAUACAUAAAUAAAUACGCCAAACAUUUACUGUGGACGACGGGGGAAAAAAAAAUCAGGUGACGGUGAAGUCAGAGAGAGAAAAAAAAUCCCUGAUGGAUGUCCGAGAAAUCAGCCAAAGUACUCACUGAAGAGGCAGUGAUGGCCGGCAAAGACUAAUACCUGGCUGACUGAGCUGCCGCAGUGCAAAGAUGAGAAGGGAUGGCAGUUUCUCUUGAAAGACUACGUUUUAGAAGAAGAAUAUGUCCAUUGUGCCAGUAAGAAAUCUGGAGGCCUUCGUUUUCACAUGGUGUGAACUCAAAGGAGAGAGUUUCCUCAGAAUCACGGGGGGAAGUCUCAAAAGUGAUCAUUCGGGAGCCAUGCACGCGAAAUUAUCUUAUUACAGUACAUAUGUUUAUAUACAGUACAACCACAUCUAUAUGUGCUUUCUGGACUGUGACAAAGUGGUGUUUUAUAGCCUGUUGUAUAGAUGAUGCAAACUAUAACUGCUCCUCAACCAUUUUGGAAUAAAACGACAAAAAAAGGACAAAAAGAAAACAUAAGUGUUAUUAAGUGUUGCUAGACAUAGAAGAUUUUAUGAAGACAUCUGCAUUUUUUUCAGUUGGGUAAUAAUUUGAUUCUCCCCUGUUUUUACAUGUGUUCCUAUAUAGUUUUUAUACAAAUGCCAACCUGAGAUAGAUGAUCCCGGACCAGUAGUAGCCUAACCGUUCCCAAAAACUGCACAAGGUGUUGACAGGCAGAGAGGUGUGGCAUGACAACUUGUGUGGCUCUCUUUUAAGGAUACCGGUAGAAUCACUGCCUUCCUCCUCAAUCCUGACUUACGUGAGUGAGAAUGAAGACCAAGAAUAUGAGUGAUGAUGAUGAUGAGAUGAUGAGAUGAUGAUGAUGGAUGAUGACGAUUAAAAUAAAUUAACUUGCUGUGUGUGUUUCCAAGUGGUAUUAUAAGAUUGUCUAAUGUGUGCUUGGGCUGAUACAAAACCGGAGGAGAAUAGCUCAAAAUAAGUCUCCAUUUCAACUGUUCUGUGUUUGUUCUGUCAUUCUGUCAGUCAAAUUCUGCUUUCCAGAGACCUGUACUUGGAAUGAGUAUGAGGAAAAUGACCAUGAACUAUAAAUGAUGAUUAUAAAUUCUCUUUGUUUGCUCCUCUUUUAUUUC